CCUCAGCCUCCUCCGCCCGCGCGGCCUCUGUGCGCCGAGCCGCCGCCGAGUGGCAGGUUAGACACCUAGUCCAGCGAGAAUCAGAACAAUGUCCUACGUGUUUGUGAACGACUCUUCCCAGACCAAUGUGCCUCUGCUGCAGGCUUGCAUUGAUGGAGAUUUUAACUAUUCCAAACGACUGUUAGAGAGCGGUUUUGACCCAAAUAUUCGUGACAGCCGAGGCCGAACCGGCCUUCACCUGGCUGCAGCCAGAGGAAACGUAGACAUCUGUCAACUCCUGCAUAAAUUUGGUGCUGACCUACUAGCCACUGAUUACCAAGGUAACACAGCCCUUCACCUCUGUGGGCAUGUGGAUACCAUCCAGUUCCUGGUUUCUAAUGGACUUAAAAUUGAUAUUUGCAAUCACCAAGGUGCAACACCACUUGUCCUUGCAAAGCGAAGGGGUGUGAAUAAAGAUGUGAUCAGACUGCUGGAAUCUUUGGAGGAGCAAGAGGUGAAAGGAUUUAACAGAGGAGCUCAUUCAAAGCUGGAAACAAUGCAAACUGCUGAAAGUGAAAGUGCGAUGGAAAGCCAUUCCCUCCUUAAUCCAAACCUGCAGCAAGGUGAAGGAGUUCUUUCCAGUUUCCGCACGACAUGGCAAGAGUUUGUGGAAGACCUGGGCUUCUGGAGGGUGCUGCUCCUCAUCAUUGUCAUUGCUCUCCUGUCACUUGGAAUCGCAUACUAUGUUAGUGGGGUGCUGCCUUUCGUAGAAAACCAGCCUGAACUGGUGCACUGAGGCAAAUGCAAAGCAGCGCGCCGUGCUUUCCCCUCUUCUAAUUUUAUUUUGAGCUUCUUGGAAUUACUCUCUUGGUGCAGGCAGUGGCAGAUGUAUAUACUGUUUGCCUUUUGUACUUACUAUUAACCCCUUUGAAAGAGGGAUUAAUUCAUUUCAAGUAAAACACUAAAUUCUAAAGCAUUCCUAAGCUACCUCUGACUUAUCUUGACUUGCCAGCAAGAUGUGAAGAUAAUCCUCUCUGUUGAUAAAAUAUUAUGAUUAGAAAAGGCCUUUCAUGAUGAAUAUUAAAUUCUUGGGCAUGAAAAAUAUAUGCUAGUACAGAACCAAAUUGCAUUUAUUUUCCCUAUGAAGAGAGGUAAAUCUAUUCUUGCAUUUUUGUGUGUGCUUCAGUUGAAAAAAAACCAUUAUUUUAAAAGUCCUCCUCAAGAAAUCUGAAUAAUAUAAUAAUACAUUCUGAUAUAUAGGCAGCAAUAAGCUGCAACUUCAUAGUUCCUUUAGUGCCUCCCCAUAGUUUCAUUUCUGCUAGUUUAUGAAAAGAAUAAGAAAUAGUUUGAGUUUGACUAUGUCUUUAAUGUAUAGAUCACUCCUUUAUUUAUUAGGUUAAUGUUGUGUUUCUUCCCCAAAUGAAUUUCGUGUUGUUAAUACCUGCCUGAAGUAAAUUUUGUAGAACAAAGCUGGUUUUGUUGUGCUUUGGAAGUAAAUUUGUUUCAGCCUUAGGCUGAAAAUUUUGCCUUUUUGUUGAAAUGUUACUAAGCAAACCUUUCUUUGUAAGGAUGGUUAAAAAGUGAUUUAGGUGUUUUGCUCUGUAUAUAACAGUUCUGUAAGGCCGUUGUUGUUAUGAAUAUGUCAUGAAGGAUAACUUUUCCUUCCUCCCACAAGGACCAGACUGAAACAUAUAAUUGUAUUGUUUUCAUGCUUGUGGAGAGGACUUGAUUGAAUAGAAUUCCUUUCUAGAAUUGUUUUCCAUUUCAGUUGUUUUCAGACAGCACUUAUAUGACUUAUUUUCUGAGUAUACAGAAUAAAAGUAGUUAAAAUGUUAAUAUUUAGGAGCAUUGUAUGAAAUGAAAUCUUGACCCAUUCGGUACUUACCUGUGAAAUCGUGUGUUUGUAAAUAACCUAGGGAUAUGAAUCAGUUAAAAUAAUUUCAGUUGGAGGUUUUCAAAGAAAGCAGAUUCUCUCCUUCCACGCUGAUCAGAUGUUAAGUCUGAUGGACAUAAGUCCCUUAGUUGCCAUUGCCUUGAAAAUCCCAAGCAAAAUUAAUUCUGCAAACCUAAUGAAUUCUUUUUUUUUUUUUUAACUUAGCCACUCCUAAAUUGUUGCUAACAACAUCAAAUCUUUAUAAAAUUAUAAAUUACAAUAAGUGCUGAUAGAAGUAACUGCAUACUGGUCUGCUAUCAUAUGUUUUUCUUGUUUAUGGGUUUGAGUGAAGACGGUUGUUGUCUUUGUUUUGAUUUGUGAUGUGGGCUUCACUGAGCUGGGCCAUAUUCUAAAUUGCAUCUGAAUAAUUCUUGAUCUCAUUUCUUAAGGUCAAGGUUAAUGAAAUGAUACUUUACUAGCAUCAACAAUGCCGCAGAGGAGAGCCUCUUAAAAAAACUGAAACAAAACAAAAAACUAGAACAUACUCCUCUUCUGAAUAUUUCAAUUAUUGUACAUCUGUUCAUGAACAGAGAAACUCAUAUAAACUCAUAUACCUAAAUUACAUUUACCUCUCUAAACAAGUACAUUUCUGUUAAUAAUGCUCUGUAUCUUGAAUAAUCAUGUUGUCUUUCAGUAUGUGUUGUCUGCAUAAUUUGUAAUUGUAUUCUCAGUAUGGGUGAAUGCUGCAAAUAAAUAUGUGUAGUAAGUA